CUCAAUAUACCUACACACGUAGACAUGUGUGUGUUUGGUCAAUAAUAAGAACGGACUGGUAUAUUGGGAGGUCACUCUGGAAAUACCACAAAAUAACCUUCCACUGGUGUCAUACAGGGAGAUUCACUUUAUCGGGAAACCCACUUACUGACUAGAUAUAUAUAUAUAUGUGUUGAAGACUCGUAGAAAGCAUACACAGUCACAGAGCAGACGACAUAGAACCAUGCCACCUAAAAAACCGGCGACAACGAAAGGGGCAGCUAAUUCCAAGCCCGCCACCAAAGCUCCUGCUGCUGGCGGGACGAAAUCUACGGGAGGAGCCAAGGGCACGGGGGGCACGAAGGGUGCGAAGGGCGCUGGGGCAGCGAAGGCCCCACCCCCAAUCAAGCCAGUGGAUGAGCCGGCAAAACCAAAACCGUUACCAGAAAUAGAAAUGGGCGUGAAAGACAUCCCUGGUUUCCUUUUACUGCAGGACACAGAUGGAAUCAUAAAGAAAACACCAAGAUGGCCUUAUAUUGUGAAUCCCUCCGGGGUCCUCAGUACGUUUGUCAAGUACCGGAAUAUCAACGUUCUCCGAGUAAUGGACCAACAUGAGAUGGAGGCCGAAAUGAUCCGAAAGGCGUUACUUGGGGCGCUCAGGUAUGGUAAACCUUUCCUCAUCGACUUGGAGGACAGCUGUGAUUUGUUUGUCGCCAUGAUCGAAUUCCUGGAUCGAGUUAUACCCGGACUGAGUGAAAUGUUGUUCACAAAGAAAGUUAUGGAUGAGGAAUUCAUUGACAAGCUGAUCCGGAAAAACGAUGACGAAGACUACCAGAGAAGUAUAACUUACCAAACAGACCAAUUCAGUUUCGCCGUUCUCACAAAAAGGACCGAGGUGUCGGAUGACGUCAAAUCGAAAAUGUUCGUCGUCAGAGCCGACUGAGUGACCUCUCAUGACGUAAUGUACAUAAACACGUACAUGUACUUCGUAAAUUAUUGGCGGUGCAAUGGACUAUACUUCAUCAUUACGGACACGGACAACCAUUUCUGUUAUUAUUAACCAUAAGGUUUGAAUAUUGUCUCAAACACUGCCGAGGAGAAAGGGUGGUUAUUGGGAAGGGCUUGUAUAUAUGGUUUAAUUCGCAACAUAAAAUGAAUAUAUGUUUUUUAGUAUUUAUAUGUUGAAUAAAAAAUAUCAAACAUA